GGCCAGGGUUCCAAGGGGUCCCUGACUUCCUGUGCUCCAAAGUGGCCAAGUGAUAGCAAACCAGAGCCCUGGAAGGAAACCCACUGUCCCAAGCCUCUCCUCCCCCUCCUCCCCCGGCCACCAUGGACACCCAUGACAGGGAUCCCAACACUUGCAUCCAGAGCUUUGGGCCCCACCCCUACCACCAGGAGAAACAGCAGGUGCUAGACACUGGUGAACAGCUGAUGGUCCCUGUAGAAGUGUUGCAGGAGAGCGACCAAGCAGCCUGGUGGAAGUUCCUGGUCUCAGGGGCUGUGGCUGGCGCUGUGUCACGUACUGGGACGGCCCCCCUGGACAGGGCUAAAGUCUUCAUGCAGGCCUAUGCCUCCAAAACAAACAUCAUGAACUUGCUGGGGGGCAUGCGAAGCAUGAUCCAAGAAGGCGGAAUAUGCUCCCUGUGGCGGGGAAACGGCAUGAACGUGCUCAAGAUCGCACCCGAGUACGCCAUCAAGUUCUCCGUCUCUGAGCAGUAUAAGACUCUCUUCUACAACCAGAAAAACCCACAGCCCUUUCAAGAAAGAAUCCUGGCUAGCUCCCUGGCAGUGGCUGUCUCCCAGACUCUCAUCAACCCCAUGGAGGUACUGAAGACCCGGCUGAUACUCCGGCGGACAGGCCAGUACAAGGGGCUACUUGAUUGUGCGUGCCAGAUCCUAGGGCGUGAGGGAACCCGAGCCUUCUAUCGGGGCUACUUGCCCAACAUGCUGGGCAUUGUGCCCUAUGCCUGCACCGAUUUGGCUGUCUAUGAGUCGCUUAGGUGGGUCUGGCUCUACUUAGGGUUCGAGUCAAACAAUCCCAAUGGGAUGAUCAGCCUAUUGUCCAUCACACUGUCCAGCACCUAUGGCCAGAUGGCCAGCUACCCCCUGACACUGGUGCGGACAAGGAUGCAGGCCCAAGACACCGUGGAGGGCUCAAAUCCCACCAUGCGAGGUGUCUUUGGAAAGAUCCUAGCCCAGCAGGGCAUGCCUGGCCUGUACCGGGGGGUGACUCCCACCCUCCUGAAGGUGCUGCCAGCAGUGGGCAUCAGCUACGUGGUAUAUGAAGCCAUGAAGAGUGUUCUGGGGGUGGCUAAGAGCCUUCCCUCUUGUCUGGAGGGCUAGAGGGCCAGAGACCCCCAGAAGGGGCUGGGGAGGAUCUAAAGGAUCAGGCCCCCCACCCAGGGAGCCUGGCAGGGUUGGGCCAAGUAGAUUCUAGGCACAUGAGGCCAGCUCAGAGUCCUUUCCAAUGCUCUUAGCCCUG